AUGAUGGCAAAAAAAUAUAGCUUUAUCUUGGUACAGAAAAAUUACGCGCACAAAUUUGCCUCCCCAGAUUGUCCCAAUUUGAUCAGUAUUAAAAAAGUGAUAUACGAAAAAUUGAAACCAAUAUGUUUUCACAUUAAACAAGAUUAUACCAUGGGGCAUCAUGUCCAUGACAUGCAUUUUUACGGGAUUUUAUGCUCUCCUUUGUUUGAAAAUAAAAGCUACAAAGAUAUGAACAUGAUGGUGGAGAAGCUAAUGAGCGAAAUUAACUUAGCGGGGAGAGUAAAAUUACACUGCCAACCUCCCUCAAGAUUUAAUAAGAUGAGAAAACACGUACGAUGGAGGUGGAACUUGGAGAAGUAA